CCAGCACCAAUAGCUGCAGGAACAGGCCCUAAUUUCUCCCUCUCAGAUUUGGAAAGUUCUUCAUACUACAGCAUGAGCCCAGGAGCAAUGAGGAGGUCUUUACCUAGCACAUCCUCUACCAGCUCUACAAAACGUAUCAAAUCUGUGGAGGAUGAGAUGGACAGUCCUGGUGAGGAGCCGUUCUAUACAAGCCAAGGGCGCUCUCCAGGAAGUGGCAGCCAGUCAAGUGGAUGGCAUGAAGUGGAGCCAGGAAGAGGAAACUCACUGGUCAAACCCUUGGACACCAGAAUAGUUGCAUGCAGUUUCCCAGGGAGCCAGAUAGCUCUAAAGCUUCCCAGAUAUCUAAGAAACCCCGAACACCGCGGAGCACUACAUGGAAUGCCAUCGCCAACUGCAUUAAAGAAGUCAGAGAAGUCUGGUUUCAGCAGUCCCUCGCCUUCGCAGACCUCCUCCCUUGGAACGGCUUUCACACAGCACCAUCGACCUGUCAUUACAGGACCCAGAGCAAGUCCACAUGCAACACCAUCGACUCUUCAUUUUCCAACAUCACCCAUUAUCCAACAGCCUGGGCCAUACUUCUCACACCCAGCAAUCCGCUAUCAUCCUCAGGAGACUCUGAAAGAGUUUGUCCAACUUGUCUGCCCCGACGCUGGUCAGCAGGCUGGACAGCCCAAUGGUAGCAGCCAAGGCAAGGUGCACAAUCCAUUCCUUCCUACCCCAAUGUUGCCACCACCACCUCCGCCACCAAUGGCUAGGCCUGUGCCUCUGCCAGUGCCAGACACAAAACCUCCAACUACAUCAACAGAAGGAGGGGCCACCUCUCCCACUUCUCCAACCUACUCGACACCCAGCACCUCCCCCGCAAACCGAUUCGUCAGUGUUGGACCACGGGAUCCAAGCUUUGUAAAUAUCCCUCAACAGACUCAGGUGGGCCGCUUUCAACUUCUCUGUAUGCCUGCAGCCUCUUCUUCUUCAGUGUCCUCUAACGUGUCCCCGCGGAGCCAGCUGCAUUGCCGCUGUCACUUCACCCACAUGGUCUCAGUAACUACAGUGAAAUGUCACUUGCAGUUUGUUUGUCUGUUGUGUUUUUUUUUGGGCUUACGUAGCAAUAACGCUGCUUUUGUGACUGGAAAGAUCUCUCUCGCUUUCUAAGAUAUUGCUGCUAGU